CCAUCUUCAUUGGGAGUAGGUGGAGCUCUGGUUCAUUCAUAGCCGAACACCAUUUCCCCUUUUCGUCUCAGUUGGUUGGUGAGCCCUGUAGCAGACUCCAUCUACCAACCACCCCUUUUCCCAAUCCCAAAAUUAGUUGUAACCAAACACUUCUUAUAGGUUUUAGGCAGAGAGAAAUAGAGGAUUGAGAUUUGAGCACAAAAGACUGAGCCUUUGCAAUGGCUCAAGUUAGUAGAAUCCAUAGUUUAGUUCAGAGCGCUCAGAUUCUCCACAAUGCUUUCGAUUCCCACAAACCCAGAUCUUCCGGUUCCAUUUCAUUGAGGUCUCAGCUCUGGGGCUCCUCAAAAUCUUGGAACUUGAAGCAUAGUAAUGGAUACGCAGCGGGAAACCGCAAGGUGGGUAGGUUUAGGGUUUCUGCCUCAGUUGCGGCAGCAACCGCGCCGGAGAUUGUGUUGCAGCCCAUUAAAGAAAUCUCCGGUACCAUUACCUUGCCUGGGUCGAAGUCUCUAUCCAAUCGAAUUCUGCUUCUUGCUGCUCUCUCGGAGGGAACAACUGUUGUGGACAACUUGUUAGAUAGUGAGGAUAUUCAUUAUAUGAUUGGUGCACUAAGAACCCUUGGGCUACAUGUGGAAGAUAACAAGCAAAUCAAACAAGCAGUUGUUGAAGGCUGUGGUGGAAAGUUUCCAGUUAGCAGUGAAUCAAAUAAUGAAGUUGAGUUAUUCCUUGGAAAUGCUGGUACAGCAAUGCGCCCUUUGACAGCAGCUGUGGUCGCUGCAGGUGGAAACUCAAGCUACAUACUUGAUGGAGUGCCACGAAUGAGGGAGAGACCAAUUGGAGAUUUGGUGGCGGGUCUCAAACAGCUGGGUGCUGAUAUUGAUUGUAUUCUGGGCACAAACUGCCCACCUGUUCGUGUGGUUGGCAAAGGAGGACUUCCUGGAGGAAAGGUGAAGCUGUCUGGAUCACUUAGCAGCCAAUACUUAAGUGCUUUGCUUAUGGCAUCUCCUUUGGCUCUUGGUGACGUGGAAAUUGAAAUUAUUGAUAAACUGAUUUCUGUUCCAUAUGCUGAAAUGACUAUAAAAUUGAUGGAGCAGUUUGGAGUUUCGGUGGAACACAAUGAUAGCUGGGAUAGAUUCUUGAUCCGAGGAGGACAAAAAUACAAGUCACCAGGAGAUGCUUUUGUUGAAGGUGAUGCCUCUAGUGCCAGCUACUUCCUUGCAGGUGCAGCUGUAACUGGUGGGACAAUCACUGUUAAGGGCUGUGGAACAAGCAGUUUACAGGGAGAUGUAAGAUUUGCUGAAGUUCUUGAGAAGAUGGGGGCUAAAGUUUCUUGGACAGAGCAUAGUGUUACUGUCAGUGGACCUCCAAGAGAUUCUUCAGGUUGUAGAUUCUUGCAAGCCAUUGACAUCAAUAUGAACAAGAUGCCUGAUGUUGCCAUGACACUUGCAGUAGUCGCGCUAUUUGCCAAUGGUACUACCAUUAUAAGAGAUGUUGCAAGUUGGAGAGUCAAAGAAACAGAAAGAAUGAUUGCUAUUUGCACAGAGCUUAGGAAGCUCGGAGCGACAGUUGAAGAAGGUCCUGAUUACUGUGUGAUAACCCCACCUGAGAAAUUGAACGUCACAUCUAUCGACACAUAUGAUGACCACAGAAUGGCCAUGGCAUUCUCUCUCGCUGCUUGUGCCGAUGUUCCGGUGACCAUCAAUGAUCCUGGUUGCACCCGGAAAACAUUCCCUGACUACUUUGAUGUCCUUGGCAAGUUUACCAAGCAUUGAACAGUCUCUGUACAUUCAUGAAAAUGAGAGAGCGAGAAGAUUCUGGAUCCUCUGAAGUACUCGAGUACGUGAACCUUCUGGAAGUGUAGCGUGCUAUUUUCUUCCUAUAUCUCUCUACGCCACCUAUGAAUUGCUUCUGAUGAUUCAAAUUAGAGGUGAAACUAUCAGAAACGGUGAGGAUGUGGUUUGCCAUUUUCUUUUUUUUCUUUUCCCUUUUAUCAUUUGCCUGGGACUUGAUAUAACUUGUACUUCUAACAGGGGUACUCUUUCUUUUUGUAUCAAUAUGAAAAUAAAACAUGGUUAAGAAGAGAUUAAAUCUCUAUUCAGUUUCUGUCUGCAUUAUAAAGGACUCGGAUCAUUUUGUUGUGAUGAUCUGUGAAGUGUUCAAGCAAUGUAUUGGCCAUGCUGAAAGUCUCAGGUGAAGCAAUAGGUGGUCUAAA